AUGACUCCACAAGUUCUGGGCAGAUUGUUAAAAAUAGAAAAACGUUUUUGUGAUUUGGAGAAGCAUCCGUUAAGACCUUUGUUAUCAAACACUCCAGAGAGAAGCAGUGUUUCAGUGCGAUUCCUUAAGAAUAUUUUUAUAAUCUUUUAUGAAAUUGGAAUUUUUGGUGACAUUGAACUGAUUAAAGAUCCACCAGAAAACAUUAAACUUAAAGUCAUUCAAACACGAACAAAAAUAAUCGAUCUUAUCACAAAGUACUCGAAUUGGAUUUCUAAUUACAUUCCAGUGUUUGCUAGGAAAGAAAUUGAUUUUAUCGACUCAACUUCAAAAGAAACUGUUUAUAAAAUCCGCUCCGGAAUUGAAUUUAUGCUGACAGAUUUCAAGAACAUCACAGAAGAGUUCGACAAUAUUUUAGAAGAAAUAAGAGAGUUUAGUUCGAUUGAAGACGAGUUUGACAAUAUUUUAACUGAUUGGAUCGAAUUUGGUCUUCACUAUCCACUCAAAGGAAUCGACAUUCCUAAGAACCUCCCCAAAUCACAUUGGUGGUGGUUUAAAGCUUUGUAA